CGCGGCGGGCUGGGGGGCCGGGGGCGGGGUCCGGGCGGGGCGGGCCCGCGCUCACUUCCUCGGGGAGGGGUUGGGGCCGCGCUCCCACUCGCCCACACGGUCCGUCUGCAGUCGGCAGCCUAGCCGGCAGCUCGCUCGGCCCCCGCUUGGCCCGGCCCGCAGGGUUCUCUCUCCUUGCCACGAUGAGCGAGUCAUUUGACUGUGCAAAAUGCAGCGAGUCCCUGUAUGGACGCAAGUACAUCCAGACAGACAGCGGCCCCUACUGUGUGCCCUGCUAUGACAAUACCUUUGCCAACACCUGCGCUGAGUGCCAGCAGCUUAUCGGGCAUGACUCGAGGGAGCUGUUCUAUGAAGACCGCCAUUUCCACGAGGGCUGCUUCCGCUGCUGCCGCUGCCAGCGCUCACUAGCCGAUGAACCCUUCACCUGCCAGGACAGUGAGCUGCUCUGCAAUGACUGCUACUGCAGUGCGUUUUCCUCGCAGUGCUCCGCCUGUGGGGAAACUGUCAUGCCUGGGUCCCGGAAGCUGGAGUACGGAGGCCAGACAUGGCAUGAGCACUGCUUCCUGUGCAGUGGCUGUGAGCAGCCGCUGGGCUCCCGUUCCUUUGUGCCCGACAAGGGUGCUCACUACUGCGUGCCCUGCUAUGAGAACAAGUUUGCUCCUCGCUGCGCCCGCUGCAGCAAGACGCUGACACAGGGUGGAGUGACAUACCGUGAUCAGCCCUGGCAUCGAGAAUGUCUGGUCUGUACCGGCUGCCAGACGCCCCUGGCAGGGCAGCAGUUCACCUCCCGGGAUGAAGAUCCCUACUGUGUGGCCUGUUUUGGAGAACUCUUUGCACCUAAGUGCAGCAGCUGCAAGCGCCCCAUCGUAGGACUCGGUGGAGGCAAGUAUGUGUCCUUUGAAGACCGACACUGGCACCACAACUGCUUCUCCUGCGCCCGCUGCUCUACCUCCCUGGUGGGCCAAGGCUUCGUGCCGGAUGGAGACCAAGUGCUCUGCCAGGGCUGUAGCCAGGCAGGGCCCUGAGCCAGGCUCCUGGACCCAGGCUUUCCCAUACCACGGGCCCAGGACUGUAGCUCCUUUUCUAAACCACCUCUGGGACUUAGCCCCACCCCCCAACCAAAAAAAAUGGGUCGCCCUCUGGGCUCCAGGAUUGUUUCCCCACGCCAGCAUCCCCAAACUGGUACUCCCUGACCCAGGCCCCCAAACCUGGGCUCUUAUAGAGCCUCCAUGAGUCAAGCCGACUCCCCACACCUGGACUCCAGAACUCACCCUCUCCCCUGCAGUCUGGGUUCCCAGACUGAGUCCUCUCCCCAAAUCAGGGCUCUAGACCCCAGCCCUCCAAACCUGGACUCUGGGACUUAGGCCCCCUUAAAUCUAGACUUCUCUUUAUAGGUUUUAGGUCUCCUAUGGGUGCCUGAGAAGUCCUCAAAAGUGGACUGUUCUUAAGCUUGACCUGCCCUACCCCAUCCCCCGGGGCUGAGGCUGUGGGGACAGCAAUCAGGGGCCCACUGAUGAGGGGGCCCUAGGGUACAGGGUGCUGCCUAGCUGGUGGCCACCGAGUGUCUUCUCAUUUUAUUUCAGCUCCAUUUUGCCCAUAGAUGGGCAGAGGGGUGAGAUUGGCUCACCCCCCUUCCAGAUUCUGCAAUAAAGCGGUGUGAGGAAGCAGGG